GUAUAACGGUCACUAAGUGCCGAUAGAGGGAGCCGAGUACAGAGCUGUUGCAUUUGACGUCCUGCACUUACUGCAGGAGCGGCUCAGGCUCUGUCGAAUGCAGUCGGUAUACACUAGAUGUUCUGUGUCAUGCGCUUUUUUCGAACUCGAAAUUAUCGAUCGGUUUGAAAUCGACGGCUAGAAGCAAUGGAUAUUACGCACGCAGAGGUUACUUUUGUGCGGUAGCCUUUGGCAGAGCCACAAUUACGAAGAAGAGCGAUGAUCUGUCACCAGCACAGCAGUUGUCUCAACACCUGUUCCAAAGGUCUUUGAUUGAAGGAGUAGCAGAGGUGAGUGAUAGCUGCUACGGAUGGAGGAAGAGGGAGGGCAUGAGGCGUGAGGAAGUUCCAGAGUGCGGCAGGCGGAAUGACACAGGGCUCCACCGCCGUGUUCCCUCCCCUGCUGGUGCUCUGGGCGUACGCUGUGGCUGAAAUCCACCACUGGCCCUCAGUUCACGUGGCUUUGAGCAAUGGGAGCGUGUUUGUGGAUUUUAACUGUGGCCACAAUGCAACGGACCGUGCCAUGACUGUGUCUCUGGUGGACAUAGAGACCAACGUUACUGUGCUCUCAAGACCUCUUCCUGUGAACCAAUCAGAGGGCACCUUGGAGUUCAAUUGCACCUGCUUCCUAUAUGCUGGGAGUUUUAGAUUCAAGCUUGAACAGGGCAGCAAUGGCGGUGCGCACAACACCACUUUGUGGUGGAGUGAGGUAUUGCGUGUUCAGUGGCCAACGUUCCACAUUGCUGUGGAGAGGACUAACAACCAGAGUUCAAAUUCCUUCCAGAUUAUCCUCUCCACUAAUGACUACUUCCAGCCUUGCAUUAGCAAUAAGAACAUGUCUCUCUACUUGGAGGUCAGCUAUCUGGAGUACAACCAGAUCGGAAAGAACAGCAUCGACAAAGUGAGGGCGAGGACACGGCGGAGUAUUAAGGUGGUUAAAUCUCAGCGCGUGGAGCUGGACUGCGCCUUCCCCUUCACGGAGCGGGACUUCAUCAGGGUGGCCCUCAAGUCCCCGCACUCCCAGCGGGACAUAAAGUCCUCGGGGCCGCUCUACCUGUCCCGCAUCUUCUCCUACAAGCUGCUGGUGGACAACGUCUACAGGGCCGGGUGCGAGGGCACGGUGACCGUUCGCUUGGUCCCCCCGCCCUGCGCCUUCACCAACGGGAAGGUCCUGCUGUUCCGGGAAGGGGGCGGGACUAGCACGGGGGACCAGGCCACCCCCCCCUUGGGUUUCAACUGGCUCACCCAGGGGGAGAACGAGACGGAGUUCAACUGCUCCGUCUUCGACCCCGGGAGGAACAGAUACUGCUUUCGCUUCUUCCUCAACUUCAGCCGCUCGCCGAGCCCUGCACAGGCGUGUGUCAUCGUGCAGAGGAAUGCAGAAACAUGGGGGCUGUGGCAGUCCUGGAGCGGAUGCAGUGUGAGCUGUGGGGAGGGGGUGAGGGAGCGCACUCGUGAGUGUCUAGCGUCCUCUACUGGUGGGAUGCAGUGCACCGGCAUGGUUAAAGAGCAGUCCCAUUGCUCCCUGGAAGACUGCACAGUGCCUCGUCCCUCCUUGUCUCCACUGCCCCCCAUCGGCAACACGCUGGGCGGUAACCUGGUGGCAGUUGCGGGCAUCUCCCUAUGCCUGGUGGUGAUCCUGGCGACGGUGGUGAUCGCGGUCUGGCGCAGGGCGUGCCGAGCGCCCAAGUGCAGCUCGGUGCGCCGCAGCUCCGCGCACCCGCCCGGCGGCAGGAAGAACUCGGACGAGGCCUCCAUCUGCGGCCACAGCCUGCAGCGGCCCAGCUUCUCCGAGAGCCUGCAGGUGGGCCUCCCUGAGCAAGGCCUCCCGGAGAGGGGGGCCCCGGGCCGCCAGCAGGGACAGGCCCUCCCCCUCCACCACCUGGACCCGGAGCGGGUUUCCCCGAACAGCCAGAAGAUCGUCCCGCCCAUUUUCGGGUACCGCCUGGCGCACCAGCAGCUGAAGGAGAUGAAGAAGAAGGGGCUGAAGGAGGCCACCAAGGUCUACCACGUCUCCCAGAGCCCCAUCGAUGACACCAUGCUGGAAACCACCACCGCCUCCACCCCUGCCGCUCUCACCCCGGUUCCCCCCGAGCUGGACGGCCAGGAGGAGGCCAACCUCAACCGCUUUCGCAUCAAGUCGCCCUUCAUGGACACGACCACGGCGAACAAAGGGUCCACGACCCUCCCGGACCGCCUCAGCCCCAGGGUGGACUUCGCCUUGGGCCCCCAGGCGCCCGGUUUCGGCGGGAGCUCCCGGCGGAGAGAGCGCACGGAGCACUGGGUGGAGAUGGUGGAGCGCUGCGGGGGGCACCUGAGGAACCCCAGCUUCAGGAGGACGUCCAGCUUCCACGAGACCAAGCAGCACCAGCCGUCCCGGGCCUUCAGGGAGAGGAGCAUGACCCAGGUGACCCCCCGCCAGCUGCCGGAGGGCAGCUGCAGGGCAAGGGCGUGGGAGCAGCCCCGCGCCCCUGAGCGGGAUGAAUGGGGCCGCCCAAAAUCCAGACUCAUCGACAGCACCGUGGGCGACAGGCGCCGACCGUACGUAGAGACGGCUGCCCGCAUCCCUGAAGUCACGGCGACGUCGCAGACAGAAGACCCCGGCAGGCCGGACCUUCACGGCGUUCCGCACGCGGUGCCGCGGGGCCAGGGGUUCGGCCAUGACAGAGCGGGCAGGGCCGAGGCGAACUGGAGCAGGAGGGGCCCCUCUCCCAUCCAGAGGAACAUCCUGGCGCGGAAGCUGAAGGAGGCCAACGCCUCGGCCACCUGCCACCGACAGCGCAGCUCCACCAUCGCCCAUUCGGACCCGGACCACCGACGGGACAAGUGCCGGAGCCUGCCGGACUACCCCGGGUGCAGCGCCUCCCCCUACGGCCUGACAGAGUCCGAGCAGCACAUGAUGGACCUCUCUGGUUAUUUAGGGGAAGAGGACAGUGUAGAUGUUCUGGGGGUUCAUGGGCUUACUUAGCAAGAGACAACCGGGGAGGGCUGUGUUUCUACGGCACUCAACCAGGCUACACGUGCCCCACAUCCUGAGCUUGCACUGGCUUCUCUUAUUCCUGAAGGAUGGAGAACAGACCUAUAAGGAAUAUAUAUGGAAACUGUUGAAGCUUAUGAGAAAAGUCAAGGUUCAGAAAAUAUUAAAGUAUCUGUUGCCUUUAAGUGGGAGGGCUUGUGUGAGAAAUCAGGAAUACCAUUUUGUUACCACCAGACAAUGGUGAGAACCACUGCUUAUCAAAGUUACUGCUGCACACAAAGUUUUUAAUCUGUUCAGGGACAAAAAAACAUUCUUGACCUAUUUUAUUAUGGAAAAUAUCUCUGCAAAAGAGAGAUGAUUUGCAUUUUGUCAUUCCAAUCCUUUAUGAUUUUUAAAACACAAUGAUUUGCUGUCUGUAUGGAAUCUUCAGUUCAGUAAAUUAAAUUAUCUGUUUUUAUAUGUCA